UCCGGAGCCGGCUGGACUACCUCGAGGCCCGGGGAAAAUCUUAAGUCGCGAAUUGGCCUAGCGCUGCGCCGACGGCAUGUCGUACUGGCCCCGCUUGCGGUAGUGGUCGUGCGUCGCGGCGCCCUUCCAGCCGGAGCUCGUCUCGAGGCGCUUGCGGAGCCGGUCGCCCUUCGACGGGAGCAAUUCCUUGUGCAGGUUUGGCAGGACGCCCCCCGCCGCGAUGGUGACACCGCCAAGCAAUUUGUUCAGCUCCUCGUCGUUGCGCACGGCGAGCUGGACGUGGCGCGGCAUCUGCGCGGCGACGGACCGGUGAGGCGUCGCGUCGAUGGCGUGAAGGGGUCUCGACGAUUCGAAGGUUACCGGACGCAGCGGUGAACAAUAGUUUUCUUCUUGUUGUCGCGCGCCGCGUUGCCCGCCAGCUCCAAGACCUCGGCGCAGAGGUACUCGAGGACCGCGCCCAUGUAGACGCCGGCGCCGGGGCUCACCCUGGCGGCGUACUUGCCCUUGCGCAUGUACCGGUUCAGGCGCGCCGUCGGGAACUGGAGGCCCGCCUUCUUCGACAUGGACGAGAGCUUGCCGGCGGCCUUGCCCUUGCCCCGGCCGCCCUUCCCCUUGCCGGACAUGGUGCUUGUGUACUGGUUGCUUGGGUACCGAUUUGCGACGACGACGGCAGCUUACUGUUCCGAGCUGGGGCGCGUCGCCGGCGUGGGGGGCAGCCCAAACUGUUCCAAUCCAAGUGUUGCAAUCUCCUUGCGAAAGAGAGCGUUCCCUAG